GGGGACCAGCGCUCCGGCUCCGGGCGGACCAGCGGGCGCGGUGGCGCGGCGGGAAGCCGCCUGCGGCUCGCUGAAGCCCUCCUGGCCCGGUCCCGCAGCUCCGGUCCGGAGCGCGCGGCUCCCGAGUUCCCGCACAGUUGCAGAUGAUCGGUGCCACCUGUGUCCUGGGAACCCCCUCAGCAUUCCCGCCCCGGGUGGACGCCCUUCAUCCACAACCAAGAAGGGCCUCCCUGCCUUCCCCAGGUCUUGGGAAGUCCUGCUGAGUGGCUUGACCCGGACUCCUCCCUUCCUCGUCCGAAACAGCCACCAGCCAAGAUGCCGAGGAACCAGGGCUUCUCGGAUCCCGAGUACUCGGCAGAGUACUCAGCGGAGUACUCGGUCAGCCUGCCCUCUGACCCCGACCGCGGGGUCGGCCGGACCCAUGAAAUCUCUGUGCGGAACUCGGGGUCCUGCCUGUGCCUGCCUCGCUUCAUGCGGCUGACCUUCGUGCCUGAGUCCUUGGAGAACCUCUACCAGACCUAUUUCAAAAGGCAGCGCCACGAGACCCUGCUGGUGCUGGUGGUCUUUGCGGCCCUCUUCGACUGCUACGUGGUCGUCAUGUGCGCCGUGGUCUUCUCCAGCGAUAAGCUGGCGCCCCUCAUGGUGGCUGGCGUCGGCCUGGUGGUGGACAUCAUCCUGUUCGUGCUCUGCAAAAAGGGGCUGCUCCCGGACCGAGUGAGCCGUAGGGUGGUCCCCUACCUGCUGUGGCUGCUCAUCUCAGCCCAGAUCUUCUCCUACCUGGGCCUGAACUUCUCGCGAGCCCACGCAGCCAGCGACACGGUGGGCUGGCUGGCCUUCUUUGUCUUCUCCUUCUUCAUAACGCUGCCCCUCAGCCUCAGCCCCAUCGUCAUCAUCUCUGUGGUCUCCUGUGUUGUGCACACGCUCGUCCUGGGGGUCACUGUGGCCCAGCAGCAGCAAGAGGAGCUGCAAGGGAUGCAGCUGCUGAGGGAGAUCCUGGCCAAUGUCUUCCUCUACCUGUGCGCCAUCAUCGUGGGCAUCAUGUCCUACUACAUGGCAGACCGCAAGCACCGCAAGGCCUUCCUGGAGGCCCGCCAGUCGCUGGAGGUGAAGAUGAACCUGGAGGAGCAGAGCCAGCAGCAGGAGAACCUUAUGCUUUCCAUCCUGCCGAAGCACGUGGCUGAUGAGAUGUUGAAGGACAUGAAGAAGGAUGAGAGUCAGAAGGACCAGCAACAGUUUAACACCAUGUACAUGUACCGGCAUGAGAACGUCAGCAUCCUGUUUGCAGAUAUUGUGGGCUUCACCCAGCUGUCCUCCGCUUGCAGUGCCCAGGAGCUCGUGAAGCUACUCAAUGAGCUCUUUGCCCGCUUUGACAAGCUGGCAGCGAAAUACCACCAGCUGAGGAUCAAGAUUCUCGGGGACUGUUACUACUGCAUCUGCGGCCUGCCUGACUACCGAGAGGACCACGCCGUGUGCUCCAUCCUUAUGGGGCUCGCCAUGGUGGAGGCCAUCUCGUAUGUGAGGGAGAAGACCAAGACUGGCGUGGACAUGCGUGUGGGCGUGCACACGGGCACUGUGCUGGGUGGUGUCCUGGGCCAGAAGCGCUGGCAGUAUGAUGUGUGGUCUACUGAUGUCACUGUGGCAAACAAGAUGGAGGCUGGUGGCAUCCCAGGGCGUGUGCACAUCUCCCAGAGCACCAUGGACUGCCUGAAAGGGGAGUUUGAUGUAGAGCCUGGUGAUGGGGGCAGUCGCUGUGACUACCUAGAUGAGAAGGGCAUCGAAACCUACCUCAUCAUUGCCUCCAAGCCAGAGGUGAAGAAAACAGCGCAAAAUGGCCUCAACGGCUCGGCUCUGCCAAAUGGAGCGCCGGUGUCCUCCAAACCCAGCUCCCCCGCCCUCAUUGAGACCAAGGAGCCCAAUGGGAGUGCCCCUGCCAGCAGCUCCACCUCAGAGGAGGCCGAAGAGCAGGAGGCCCAGGCUGACAACCCCUCGUUCCCCAACCCCCGCCGCAGGCUGCGCCUCCAGGACCUGGCUGACCGCGUGGUGGAUGCCUCUGAGGACGAGCACGAAUUGAACCAGCUGCUCAACGAGGCCCUGCUGGAGCGGGAGUCUGCCCAGGUGGUAAAGAAGAGAAACACCUUCCUCCUAACCAUGCGCUUCAUGGACCCAGAGAUGGAAACGCGCUACUCCGUGGAGAAGGAGAAGCAGAGCGGGGCUGCCUUCAGCUGCUCCUGCGUGGUUCUGUUCUGCACGGCCAUGGUGGAGAUCCUCAUUGACCCCUGGCUGAUGACAAACUACGUGACCUUCGUGGUUGGGGAGGUCCUGCUCUUGAUCCUGACCAUCUGCUCGAUGGCUGCCAUCUUUCCCAGGGCGUUUCCUAAGAAGCUCGUAGCCUUCUCGUCUUGGAUUGACCGGACCCGCUGGGCCAGGAAUACCUGGGCCAUGUUGGCCAUCUUCAUUCUGGUUAUGGCCAACGUUGUGGAUAUGACUUCCCAGCACUCUGAGGGCACCGUGGCGGGGGCCAGCCGAAUGAUCACUGCCAUCGCAGAGCCCUCUGACCUUUCACCCCCCCACGCCCACUGUUCCGGCCCUCAGCUCAGCUGUCUUCAGUACUACAUGGGACCUUACAAUGUGACUUCCGGGAUGGAGCUGGACGGCGGCUGUAUGGAGAACCCCAAGUACUACAGCUACGUUGCUGUGCUGUCUCUCAUCGCCACCAUCAUGCUGGUGCAGGUCAGCCACAUGGUGAAGCUCACGCUCAUGCUGCUCGUCACCAGCGCGGUGACGGCCAUCAACCUGUACGCCUGGAGUCCCAUCUUUGAUGAAUACGACCACAAGCGCUUUCAGGGACAGGACUCUCCUGUGGUGGCCUUAGAGAAGAUGCAGGCACUCCCCACCCCUGGGCUCAAUGGCACCGACAGCAGGUUGCCCCUGGUGCCUUCCAAGUACUCAAUGACCCUGAUGGUGUUUGUCAUGAUGCUGAGCUUUUACUAUUUCUCGCGCCACGUGGAAAAGCUGGCCCGAACACUGUUUUUGUGGAAGAUUGAGGUCCAUGACCAGAAAGAACGCGUCUAUGAGAUGCGACGGUGGAACGAGGCCUUGGUCACCAACAUGCUGCCUGAGCACGUUGCCCGCCAUUUCCUGGGGUCCAAGAAGAGAGAUGAGGAGCUGUACAGCCAGUCUUAUGACGAGAUUGGAGUCAUGUUUGCCUCCCUGCCCAACUUCGCCGACUUCUACACUGAGGAGAGCAUCAAUAACGGUGGCAUUGAGUGUCUGCGCUUCCUCAAUGAGAUCAUCUCUGAUUUUGACUCUCUCCUGGACAAUCCCAAAUUCCGGGUCAUCACCAAGAUCAAAACCAUUGGCAGCACCUACAUGGCAGCCUCAGGAGUCACCCCAGACGUCAACACCAAUGGCUUUACAAGCUCCAGCAAGGAGGAGAAGUCAGACAAGGAGCGCUGGCAGCACUUGGCUGACCUGGCGGACUUUGCUUUAGCCAUGAAGGACACGCUCACCAACAUCAACAACCAGUCAUUCAACAACUUCAUGCUGCGCAUAGGCAUGAACAAAGGAGGGGUUCUAGCCGGAGUCAUUGGAGCCCGGAAACCACACUAUGACAUCUGGGGCAACACGGUCAAUGUGGCCAGCAGGAUGGAAUCCACAGGGGUCAUGGGCAACAUCCAGGUGGUAGAAGAAACGCAGGUCAUCCUUCGAGAGUAUGGCUUCCGCUUUGUGAGGCGAGGCCCCAUCUUUGUGAAGGGCAAAGGGGAGCUUCUGACCUUCUUCUUGAAGGGGCGGGACAGGCCAGCUGCCUUCCCCAAUGGCUCCUCUGUUACGCUGCCCCACCAAGUGGUGGACAACUCCUGAACAGCCUCUGGCUCCGCAGUGGUCAGCAUCGGAAGGAAAUGUUUUUGGAGGCAAAGAAAGGCUUUGGGAAAGGGCAAAUGACCAAGGCCUGGUGUUCCCAAAUUGUUGAAGUGCACAUUCCCAUAGACUUUUAGGUUUCAGAUCUCCUCCAGCCUUCCUGUGUGGAUGUGAGCUCCGAGGGCGGCUCUUCCUACUCCUCAGUUUGCCUGUAGCUUCCCCGGAGUCGGGGUCGUAGGCAUAGUACUGGGACAGCCUUUCCGGAGUUCCGAUGCAGCCCUUUCUCCCUAGAGAGGCCGUGGCCACUGUGAGCAGGAUGGCAGGGGGAGUGAGGCUGCGGGGCUGGGCACAGGGGCGGGCUCUGCUGACGAGCUGGGUUCAGUACCGGGAAGGCUCCCCGCCUGGCUGGGAUCUACAGCAGUGCUUUUCACUGUACGAGGAGAACUCCGCUGGCCGUCUGGCUGCCCCUCCCGUCCAGUUAGGUCAGUGGCCCUUGCCCCGAUGUUCCUGAUAAUCUUGAAAGGUUCUUCUGGAACCCCUGUGUCACCUUAGUCACGAGAGCAGAAAGUGCAAUAUUUCCUUUCACCUGGUAGGGGGAAGGGGGGUUAUUUCUGAAAGAAAAAUAUAUAAACAGAUCUUCUACAUUUAUAUUUUUAACCUGUUUAAAAAAACAACUUUCCAAUAUUGCCUUGUCUUCUGAGCUCUUGCUACAGUCGCCUUUGCUACUGCUUCAACAGAGAAUCGCAGGUGUUGAUAAAGAACAGGACUGUUUUAUUAAAAGCUUUACUCAACUUGA